CUCCUCUCCCGAAGCCUAUUUUCAAUCUUAUUUCACUUAAGCUUCCGAAGUCUUGAGUGCUUCUUUGUUCGGUUGUCUGUUACUUGACUCGUGAUCAUGGCGAGCAAUAUCCUUCCAGGCCAUGGCAAUGGUCAUAGAGAUGAAUCAACCCCGCUUCUGCCGCAGAUCUCAAGCCAUAUCGCUCACGAGGGAGAAAGCGGGAGGAGCGGUUUUCAUCCUCGUCAUUUCCUCGCUGUUCUCUGGCGAAGCUCCUGCACCGCGUCGAAAUGGGUAAACAUCCUCUGGCCGGUUGUCCCCAUCGCUAUCAUCCUUCAGUUCUUCCCUGGCCUGCAUCUCUGGAAGUUUGCUACCGCGUACAUCGCCGUGAUCCCAACUGCCAACCUGCUUGGAUUUUCGGGACAGGAGUUUGCGCGCAAGUUGCCCAAGGUAGCUGGUAUUCUCAUCGAGACGACGUUUGGGUCUAUCAUUGAGAUUAUUCUCUUUAUUGUUUUGCUGUCGAAGCAUGAGGUCAACGCUCCUGAGGAUAACGGCGAUGAAGGAAACCUCAUUCCUAUCAUCCAGGCCGCGAUCCUCGGCAGUAUCCUUACCAAUCUCCUCCUCUGUCUUGGCCUCUGCUUUUUCGUUGGUGGCCUCAAGCAAGCCAGCCAAAAGUUCCACGCCAUUGUCUCAGAAGUCGGCACCGGACUCCUCCUCGUCGCAGCAUUCGGUCUCCUCAUUCCCAGUGCAUUCUACUCCGCGCUCAAAGCCGAGGUUGUCCCCGACUUCCCAGGCUUCCGAAUUCUGCACGAGAAGUUUACAGAGGGUAAACUCCAAGACGAUGUUCUGCGCAUCAGUCAAGCAACAUCAAUUGCACUGAUUAUCGCGUUUUUCUUUUACAUCUGGUACCAGGCUAGCAGCCAGCAUAGUAUCUUCGAUGAGGUUAUUGAGAUGGAUGAGCAUCGAGAUGCUGAUCGCGAGGCUGAUAUGGAGAAGCCCAAGUUUACCAUGACCGAGGCUAUUAUUGCUAUAUUGAUUGCUCUUGCUUUUGUGACUGCUCUUCUCAUCUUUCUUGUUGAGAAGAUUGAGCAUGUUGUUGAGAGUGGAGUGCCUGAUCAGUUCUUGGGUCUCAUUCUGUUACCUUUUGUCGAGAAGGCUGCUGAGCACCUGACAGCCAUUGAUGAAGCUUAUGAUGGUGUCAUUAAUGUCGCCCUAUAUCACUGCCUCGGACCAUCUAUCCAAACAGCCCUGUUCAACGGUCCCCUCGUUGUUCUCGUCGGCUGGGCCAUAGGAAAGCCCAUGGACUUGAACUUUGAGAUCUUCAUGAUUGUCCUACUUGUUCUGUCCAUCUUGGUGGUUGGAAACUUCCUCCGUGAUGGCGAGUCCAACUGGCUUGAGGGUGCACUUCUCGUGGUCAUUUAUGCUAUUAUUGCUAUCGCGUGCUGGUACUAUCCAAACCCUGACGUGGCUACUUCAAAUGGCAUCGAAGGUUCCGAGAUGGUCAACGUCACCAUGAGUGUCGACACUCUGCGUCAGCUGCAGAAGCUUAUUAACGCGCAGCUGCCACAGAACUAAACUGCUAAGCUUAUAGUGAAGUAAGCUUGAGGCUGCUUGAGAACUUGCGAGAGGGUGAAAAUAGAAAGAUGUCGGUGCUUCGGGGAAUUAUAUCGGUGGAAACUUGCUUGUGUGCUUUGCGUGUUGGAUGAUGGACAGUUUAAGUUAUCAUGUCUUGCGACGACAUUGAGAUUACCGAGCGAGCCGUUUAUUUUCGAGCAUUAUUUACAGUAUGCUACUCAUAGCCUAGCUAUCUGAACUAUUGCUUCUCAAUCAUCAAGACCUGGCUAUCAUAAUCCCCCUCGAACCUCAACUGAAUACCGAGGUUCAUCAGUGUCGACCCAGAAACCGUCUGGUUAUUAUCC